AUGGUCGAAUUUAGCAUCAACCAGCGUCCUCCCCUUGCUGAGACCCCUGGGUUCCUGAUCGUCCAAGUGUGGAGGGCGACGCAAGUGAAGCUGCACGGUUGCUACUCGUCGCAUCGCGUUCAACACCUGGCCAGGUAUGCGCGCGAGACGAGUUGGCUUCACGCAAUGACUAUCACAGUGGCUACUCUGGUGCCGUGCUUGGUUGUGACGCUUCUCAUCGACGUAAUACCCCUCGCUGCGCCUUCCGAAGGGGUCCAAGCCAAUCGACUCCUCUUCGUACGUGAAUUUUACGCUUAUAUGGCAAUGACGUCGAUCGCCUUCCACCAAUUCCGCAAAGGUGUGCAAGUUCUCCCGUACCCCACAAGACAACUUGCCCGAGACUCCCUCCUUAUAUCAGCUCUAAGCGUCGGGAUUUUGUACGGCCUGGUGCUGAUUGUCGGCUUCCCGCUACCGCUCAUGAACUUAGCCCAGUGUGGGCUGCGCUGGUGA